AUGGGUCGCCGCCAGCGGAGACAGCAGCUCGAGUUCGACGCCUUCGUCGACCGCGGCUUUCCCUUCUCCUCCUCCACCACCGACGAUGAUGACCUCGACGGAUACCCCGGAACGCAGACGCAGAACAACGCCAUCUCGACGAGCAUCGGAUUGGACAGCGCGACGACAGAGACGAUCAACACCAACGGCGACACCCUCAGCUUAGUCGUGGUCAGCACUGUGUAUGGCAACGAUCCGAGCGUGACCAGUUACACGGCCACUUCCUCCUCCUUACCCGCGACGACCUCUUCGCAACGAUCAUCACCAACCUUGACGCCCGCGCCGACGAGUAGCACCAAUCCCGCGUCCGCCGGCGAGACGACGAGCUCACCUACACCUAUGCCCGUCGAGCAUCACAAGGACAACGACCUCUCCAGCGGUGAGCUCGCCGCAGCCAUCGUUGUACCGAUCGUAGUCGUCCUCGCGCUCGCCGCGCUCCUCUUCCUCUGUUUCCGCCGACGAAAGCAACAAUCGCGCGGUGAACGAGAAGGCAGCAUAGGCGCCGCAUUCAUCCCAGCGUCGAUAAAAGAGAAAUGGACCUCCAUGCGAACAAGCAACGCCUCCGCGCCGCGCGACCAGCCCAUCGUGACCAACCCCCAAAACAACGCCUACAACACCGGCCUCGACACCUCCUCGCAAGGCUCCGACCAACACAGCGGAGAAUACACCCCGGGCCGCACCUCCGAAGGCGGCACGACCUUCGUGCAGCCCCCACCGCCCUACACCCUCCCGCAAAUGCGCCAGAACACCCCCCUCAACAUGUCCCUCGACAUCCCGCGCUCGCCGCAAGAACCCCCUCCCGCGCGCUCGCCGCUCUCCAACACCAUCAACACCCCCUCCGCCGCCGCCCUCCUCGCCAUGCCCCUCGAUCCACCCCGGCCCUCCUCCCGCUCCGCCCGCAGCAUCACCUCGACGCUCUACUCCGACACCGCGAGCGUGCACUCUGCCCGCGCCGCGCGCGUCUCCGUGGCAGGACCGAAUGUGGUACGGCAGAGCCAGACGAACGUCUCGCGGAGCAAUACGAGCGGUUCAGGGGGAGGGGAUCCUUUCGAUACCGAGGCGAAUACGCCUGUUACGCCGUUGAGUUCGCGGUAG